AUGUCUAUUUAUGGUAUGACAAAAGGAAAGAAAUCACUACAUAAAAGUAGCAUUGAUUCAAACAUGGAAAAAAUACAAAAAAGACUAUAUUCAAAAACACCAAAGUGGAUAUCCGCAUCUGCCACAACGACGGACAGGCGUAGGGAAAAAACGGCGAGCGAAGGAAGUGGAAGACUACUUUCUCUGUUCCGUCGGCAGAAAAAAUUUGCUGUGUUGGAGGGUUGCGUUCGGCUCGUGGACCAUCAAAUGCUCAGAUCAAGUUUAUACGCAUUAGUUUUACGAUUACAAGGAUUAGCACCUCUGUUAGCUCAUGCUGAUAAAGCACAUUGA